ACGGCCCAGCAGCGAGCGCCCAGCCCGGCCCGGCCCCGCCAGCCGCCCCCCAUGGAGGAGCAGCCCCACCACCACCAUCACCACCACCACUAUUACUACUACGGCCACCACCACCACCACCCGCAGAGCGCCUACCUGCCGCCGCCCGACGGCCGAGCCCAGCCCAAGCCGCCGCUCCGCCACGAGCACAAGCACGGCGGCCCGCAGCACACGGAGGCGCCGAAGCGGAGACCAGGCUAUGGAGAGCUAAAUGGUAAUGCAGGAGAACGAGAAGUGUCACUAAAGGGCCUGUGCUCUGAUGAAGCCACCGCCCCAGGAUCCAGGGUACCCAAUGGCAGCCAGCAGCUCGUAGAUUCUAAUGUCACCCCAAAGCAGACUGUGAAGGCCAGUGCUUUGGGGAAAGCUGGAAUCAAAACCAAGAACUUCAUUCAGAAAAAUAGCAUGGACAAGAAGAAUGAGAAGUCCUACGAAAACAAACACAGAGAAAACCAGUCCUCAGACAAGCCAGAGGGAGUGACUAUUCCAAACGGCGUGGUAACCAAUAAUUCCAGCUACAUCACCAAUGGCUACGUAGGCAAAGGGGCCGAUAACGAUGGUAGUGGCUCCGAGAGUGGAUAUACUACGCCGAAGAAACGGAAAGGCAGGCGCAACAGUGCCAAGGGUUGUGAGAACUUGAAUCUAGUACAGGACAAAAUAAUGCAGCAGGAGGUCAGCGCACCAACCUUGAAACAGGAACUUGAGAGUUUCAAGCCUGAUUAUAGUGAGCAAAAGGGGAACCGAAUUGAAAAUACUAAGCCUGUUUGGAAAUACGAGGCUGGGGCUGGUGGAGCAGGCCGGGGAAAGCCUGGGCUCGGGGAUGUACCGCGGAAAAAUUCUGAUGCCAAACCUGGGAUUAGCAGCAAGAAGUUUGAUGACCGGCCCAAAGGGAAGCACGCAUCAUCGGCUACAUCUAAAGAGGACUCAUGGACCUUAUUUAAACCACCCCCAGUUUUUCCAGUGGACAAUAGCAGUGCUAAAAUCGUUCCCAAAAUUAGUUAUGCAAGUAAAGUUAAAGAAAACCUCAACAAAGCAGCUCAAACCCCAUCCACGUCAUCCUCAUCAUCUUCAUCAUCUGCUGGGGAAACUCAGGCCCAAACAUCAAGUCGACUUUCCCAAGUCCCCAUGUCUGCUAUGAAAUCUGUCACUUCUGCCAGCUUCUCGAACGGGCCGAUCCUGGCGGGGACCGAUGGAAAUGUGUAUUCCCCAGGGGCCCAGCCACUGCUCUCCGCUGCUGCUAGUACUGUACCAUCGACCUCCUCCUCUGAGUCCGUACCCCAGGACGUGAGUACAACUUCGACAGCCCUCGAACAAAAGAAAUCUGGCCUUUUUAUCUACCCUUCAAAUAUGCAAACUGUGCUCCUGGGGACGGCGCAAGUCGAUUUCCCUUCGCAGACGAAUCAGCAGAACCUGGGGGAUAUCUUCCAGAAUCAGUGGGGCUUGUCUUUCAUAAAUGAGCCCAGUGCUGGACCUGAAACCGUUGUGGGGAAAUCUGCAGAUAAUCAGUUAAUGGAAGUGACAUUUCAAGGGGAAUAUCCUGCCACUUUGGUUUCACAGUGUGGUGAAAUCAUUCCCUCAGGAACUGAACAACCUGUGUUUCCUAAGGCUUAUGAGCUGGAUAAACGGACUAGCCCUCAAAUUCUUAGUGCUAUUCUUAAGCCUGGGACUGCUGUUGAGGGUGGUGUCUUAGCUUUGGAGUCGCAUCACACAGGUGACCUACAAAAGGCAGACACCGGUAGCCAAGGUGCUUUAGUGUUUCUUUCAAAAGACUAUGAAGUAGAGAAUCCUCUGGCCUCUCCUACGAACAAUUUGCUAGCCUCCGCCAAAGAACAGAGGUACCAGAGAGGCCUAGAAAGGAAAGAUAGCUGGGGUUCUUUUGACCUGAGGGCUGCUAUUCUAUAUCACACUAAAGAAAUGGAAGCGGUUUGGAAUUUGCAGAAGCAAGAUCCCAAAAGGAUAAUCACUUAUGAUGAAGCCAUGGAUCGCCCGGAUCAAUGAAGGUAGCAAGACAAGACUGCCUGUUAUAACCUUUCUGCAGCAUUUGUGCUGUUCGUGGGGGACAAAAAGGCUUUUAUGCUCCUUCUAAAUCUUCAGUGCAGCAGAGGAACCAUAACUAGAAUCACAGGAUAAUAUAUACAAAUAUAUAUAUAGUUAUUUAAAAAUGGCAACUGAAAGUAAUUAGACUUCUUAAGGAAUCUGAAAAUUUAUUUCAACGAGACUACACACGUGAUUAUUUAAUCUCCGGUACUGAAUAGAUUUUUUUUUUUUUCCAUUUUUUUUGUUUUGUUUUUGUUUAAAGAGUGAAUGCAAGUGAUUAAGGAAUACAGACUCAAUUACAAGCCCGGUUACAAAGUUCCUGCUGUCGUCUGCAUGGGCAACAGCAACCCACUGGAGAGGCAUUUCCACUUGACAAGGUUUCUGUUUCUUGUUCUGUGACUGUAGUGACACACUAAUCACAGGGAAAUCAGGAUGAUUCACCAUCCUUCAUCUCCCCUUUCCCUUCCACCUCCCCUGUUUGGUUUCUUUUUUUCUUUUUUUUUUAAUUUUUUUUUUUUCUGAUUUGUUUUCCACUGAAUGCUGGAGAAACGCCUUGAAGUUUGCAGUUUGUUUUUUUUUUUCUUCCAGAGAAUUAUAAUCCGCAUGUUUUGCCAGGAGUAAAGCAGCAAUCCUAUGCUGGUGAUAUUGUCUUAAAAGGAUCAUUCUGCUGAGGGAAAGAUGGUAAUACUGCAGUUCUAGGAUGCAUGGUGAAGUCACACAGUUGACCUGGCUCCUGUUACACGUUGGACUAUUGCAACUGAAGAGUUGUUUCAUUUUAAAAGACAACAUGGGAAAAUAAGCAAUCUGUUUAGGCAUUUAAUAUGGGAAAAAAAAAAACAAAAAAACACCAAAAAAAAAAAAAAAAAAUACCCCACUGUUCCCACAGUUUAAUGCCAUUCUAUUACUGGGAGCAAGGAAAAAAAAAAAAAAAAGACAAAAAAAAUUAUCUUCUGCUUUCAACUGUAGGUGCUUCAUAUUUGCUUUGUCUGUCUCCUAACACUAAAUGUGCUGGAUUUUUUUCCCAUUUUCAUUGGAAAACUGAAGAGGAAUUGAGUUCUGCUAACUUUCACCCUUCUUGAAUUAAUUUUUCUCUUAAAAAAAUUUUCAAAAUAACAAAAAAAGGAAAAAAGUUUAAAAAAAAAUUAAAAAAAUGGGAAUUUGAAUCCUUUUCAAUUUGUCCAUGGAACGCCAAUGGCUGGGCUUCCUGCCCCUUGGAAAUGCUCUUUUAUAUUUUAAUGCAGUCUGUGUAUUUCCGGGCUCUGCUUCUAAUUAUCUCUUAAUAAAAAUAUAUUUUAUUACAAAAAAAUGGAGGACUUAGGAAUGAAAAUAAUAAUUAAAAAAAAAUAAUAAAAAAAUAAUCCCAGGGAAAGGAAAGCUUCCUAGCAGUGGUAGGGAAGGCUGAGCAGAGUGCAGGCUGCAGCUGUGUAACCCCUCUGUCCCAUUGCAAUUUGUGUAAUGUGUCCAAAUCAUCGGGGGGUCGGGUAGUUUUUCUGGGUUUUUUUAAAAAGGUGGAAAAUUCACAGGGUCCAGUGCAAGAGCGAGGAAUUAAUAAAGCAAGAAUGGGUUUGUUGACCAGCCCCAGCUCCUCAUGUACCCAGUGCUCACUGUGGGUGUCUGUGGCCUAAUCCUGGCUCCUGGCUGUCCAAAGCAGCAGCAGUUGGUGUCUCCUAAAAUGAGACUGGACCCUCUGGGGCAUUAUGAGGAAUAGAGAAACCCAGAACUUUGGAGCACCCUUUGUGCUUAGAUCUGUCCACCAAGCCAUCGAGCCACUGUCCGGUCACCAGAGAGUUCCACAGGGCUCCAUCCUCAGCCCAUGUCUCUCCAAUAUCUCAUUAACAACCUGGGUUCAGGACUCAAAGAGUUACUAAUUUUGCUGACACACUAAACUGGGAGGAGCUGUUGACUCCCUCGAGGGCAGAGGGCCCUCAACAAAUUAGAGAUGGGCGAUCACCAACUGUAUGAAGUUUAACGAGGGUGGGUGUCAGAUUCUGCACCUGGGAUGGGCAGCCCUGGAUACUCUGGGAAUGAGAGGCUGGAGAAUGGCACCAGGGAAAGGGAGCUGGUUCAUGGCCUGUUGGAUCUGAGUCAGCAAUGCCCUGGCAGCCAGGAGAGUCAACAGUGUCCUGGGGGGCACCAGCCCAGCAUGACCUGUCCUACUCUGCUCUGCACUGGUGCAGCCUCACCUUGAGUUCUUGGGGCAGUUCUGGGCACCACAAUAUAAAGACCCCUAUUAGAGAGCAUCCCAAGGAGGCCAUGAGGAUGGGGAAGGGUCUGGAGGGAAAGCCUUAUGGGAUCACUUGGUUUCUUCAGCUGGAGAAGAGGAGACUGAAGGGAGACCUCAUUGUGGUCUUCAGCAUCCUCCCGAGGGGCAGCGGAGGGGCAGGUACCAAUCUCUUCACUCUCAUGACCAGUGACAGGGAAUAGCCUGAAGCUGAGUCCCUGUGGGAGGGUUAAGUUGGAUUGCAGGAAAAGAUUCUUCACCCAGAGGGUGGCUGAGCACUGGAACAGGCUCCCCAGGGAAGUGGUCACAGCACCAAACUUGUCUGAGUGCAAGAAGAGUUUGGACAAUGCUUUCAGGCACAGGGUGGGAUUUUCGGGGUGUCCUGCACAGGGCCAGCAGUUGGACUCGAUCCUGGUGGGUCUCAUCCAACUCAGAAUACGAUUCUAUCGCUUUCUUAAUUUUUUUUUUUUAAUUAGGAGUAUGUAGCAUGUGUUUUUGGGUUUUUUAAAUUGUUUUUAUACUUUUAAUAAGAUUGUUCCUGAACGAGACACUGGAGUUCACGGUGGGACAAUGAAACUGAAUUCUGUACCUUGUGUAAGACGCUCGCUUUCUGCCACGCUUAAACAUUUGACUAUGGAUUGCCUACUCCAUUUGAUGUAUCCAAAGCUAUAUAGUAUAAUUCUGAGUGUGAUACUAUAUAGUCAUCAUGUAUUGUAUCAGUCCAGGUUCAGAAAUGUGUGGUUGGCCAGUCGCAAAUACUUCUGUUUCACCUAUAAACUGUACCACCUCUACAGGUGUGUGUAACUUUGAGAUGUAUAACAUGUUUACAGAUGUGCCCGACAUCUAGUCCUCCGACGUUCCUAUUUUCAAUUCUGUCGAGUCUCCCAACUGCUUGCCAAAAGUUGGAAUCGCCUCCAGCUCCGCUGCUGAAGAGCUGGCGUGUUCCUGAGCUUUAAAGUGUUGAACAAACUGGAUGGUGGGGCUGGGAAAAUGAAGGUGGAAGAAAUGUUCUUUUUCCUUUUUUAUUAUUAUUAUUAUUAAUUUCAAAAAGUUGAAGGCUAAUAGCAAAAUUUCCAGUUUGUUUUACCGGCUUUAAGGCUCUGCUGUGUAUUUAUUUGCCUUGUGUAGUCACUUGUCGCCUUAAGGGCUGGGUUCCA